GAUUGAACAACAAGGAUCCGAAGCCCAUUCUGAACCUGCCCUCUCCCAAACACUAUCUCUGCACCCCUAAGCGUGUUGACCGUCAACGCGUUCCAAUUCCUUGCUGCAGUGUUUCGGAAACUUUGUAGUUCGUGAUUGACGCGAGACGACGACGUGGUAUUCACGGUAUUCCACUAGCAAUUGAGUUUUCGGAAGCUAUUCACGACUUCGUACUUCUUUUCGCUGGGAAUUGACUGGCCUUCUCACGCCGAAAGCAAUAAUUCACCCCUCUCCACACGUCGCGACGCCCUCUAGUGUCGCGUUUUAACCGUUCUCGCCUGCCGACAAGCAUUCUACGACUUUUGCGACAAACUCGCCCAUUGGCCCCCUGCAGAGUUGAAAAGUAUUUCCGUUCUGAAUUUACUCCAUCCUUUUCAUCAGUUGCAUUUGUUUCUCAAUCUCUGGAAACCUUCGUUCUGAGAAUUGAGUUUUUAUACACACGUGGAACCGUUCCAACCUGCGUUUGAGUACGAAGUUCGUUCCCGAGACAACCUUGUAUUCUUUACUCACACCAGUAGACGAACACAUUCAUUCAUAUAAAACACAUCUCUCACACACACAUACGCGUAGACGCACGUGUACGGUCAGUGGAUCAGUAAACUCUCUUUUUCGUUGUCAUUACUUCAACUCUGCCCACAUUUCGUGCGGUCCACACACUACGCGUUAUUGCAUUUGUCAUUCAGUUCGCAUCUGAUUUUGCGGACGUACUCUUCUUAUACAAGGACUUAGUCGUAAGUACUUGCAUACUCCCCUCCCUCGGACGCUCCGCACUCCACCAAAAAGCCAACUUCAUACUUCCACCAGGUCGUGUGCUUUUCGUCUCAGUAAACUACUGAGAGGUAGCAAAUCAAGGGAUUGAAAGAGGAUCCAAGGAAACUCUAAACACUCUUUAGAUGGUAGCAUUUUCGUCGCAGACAAAACCUGCUGAGCCGAAGAAGUCUGAACCGUCGUCCCUCGCUCCGGCACGGAGCUGGUCGACGGUUGCAGCCCGUGGAAACAAAUUGGCUAUGUCUGCUCAGGCAGCAGCAGCCGCUGCUGCUGCUAACAAACUGAAGAAGCCGACGACCGAAAACUCUCGCCCCGCGUCCGUCGCAUCCACUGCUUCGUCAGCUGCUUCACGUUCGGUUGCUAGCUCGAACAAGGCCAACAAUGCGCCGGGUGAGAAGCCUGCUUCGCGUACUACGAGUCGCAGCUCCAAUUCGAGCACUGCUAGUGCCUCCAUCGCCUCCCGUGUUGGAAUGGCCAAGGACGCUACUGCUACUACCAAUGGCUCAACACCGUCCGUUGCGUCCGCGUCUACUUCGACCGUUGACUCGGCUUCCACGCAACAGAAAUGGAUGACAGAUACGGAAAUUUCAUUGCACGCAAAGUCGUCUGAACGCCGGCACCGCGAGUUGCGUCGUUGGGUCCCGGAGCAGGAGACGAAUACGAACGAGCCUUUGCUCUCUCUCGAGGAAACGGCGUCCACUACUACUGCAAGCACUUGGGAUCAGUUCGCCGUCAACGAGAAACUCUUUGGUGUUCAGUCCAAAUUUGACGAAACAGUAUACACUUCAACCAUCGAUAAGUCUCAUCCGCUUUACAAAAAGCGUGAAAAGGAGGCCGAUCGUAUUGCCCGUGAAAUCGAAUCGUCUACAGCUACGAACCUGCAUAUCGCCGAGGAGCGUGGUCUACGGAUAGACGAUAGUGGCCUUGAUGAAGAAGAUCUUUACUCUGGUGUGCACCGCUCCAUUGAUGUCGUUCGCUCGUAUCAACGUCGUCAAACACCGAGUGCUGGUGACAAGGAUGCCAACGCUUCGCGCUACCGCAACCGUCCCAACACUGGUAACAAUGCUUGGCGCUCAUCUGAAACAUCCUCUGGUAAGCAGAAGGCUUUGCCUAACGAUCCAGCAAUCGUUUCGCAUCGUUCUACUGCUGCCCGGAUGUCUACAUCUUCUGCCGUUCCAGGCCCUGCUGCUCAUGAAUCUUUUACCACUAAGGGUAGUUCUAUAUUGAAGGAUGCGCUCGCCGGUAAGCCCUCGGAUGCUUCCACGAGUGCUGAAUCUGCGGUUUUUGAAAAGACCGACGCGCCCGCCGAGGGAACAUCUGCCGCUCCGGAGGCUAAGAAGCCUGCUGCAUCUACAACUACAGAACCAGUCGCUCAAGAGGCCGCUCAAGACAACACGGAGAAGAACGCUGUUGCCCAUGCUGACGAGGAAGAAACCUCAGAAGCGCAUCCCCUCGCCAGUAAAGAAGAGGCGGUUGCUCCCGGAACCGCUGACGUCGGCGCUGCUUCACCGAAGAAGGAGAGUUUGGUGACACGGAUUGCUGAGCUGCGUAAGAACGGUGUCCCUGCCACUAUUCCAUCUGCCCCCAGUCCUACACCUCUCUCUAAAAACCAAACGACUCGCCCUACUACCAAGCUUAAUGCUAAGGCUGCGUCCUUCAAACCCCAUACGAAUGCACCUGUGUUUUCGCCUACAGGCUUUGUUGUCCCCGCAGCAUCUUCCCACAUAAUGCCCAAGUCGCCCAUUGGUUACCCUGUCUCACCAAUUCGAAAGAUGAUGCCGCCUUACUUUGUCCCUCCUCCUAUGGUGCCCGCUUCUGCAGCUAUUGCACCUAAUGCUACUUUCUUUACUCCUCCUGCUUCACCGGAGGAUGAGGAAACAGUUGAGAAGGGGGACGUUUCAGAAGACUUCAAUGCAACCAAGACCGCCCAGGCGUCGGUCGCUAAGGAGGCUUCUGAGAAACCCAGUGUCUGCUCUCCGACAUGGAAUAACGGUAAUGUUACUCUUCAACGUGAGUUGGCAAAGCAAGCCCCUGCUACUGCCCCCUCAACUGGUGCUCCUUCCAACGCUUCAUCUGAGGCUGGUUCUCAAACAUCAAAGUUGAAGACUGAAGAGGUUAGUGCUGGUGUUUCUCCCGUAGUGGAGAAUGUCGCAGUUCCUGCCGUUCCUGCUGGUAUGCAGCCCGUGAAACCCAUGGGCCCAUUCCCCGCUCCUGGAAUGUCCUACAUGCCCAUCGGUUACCCAUUCCGCCCUUAUGCCGCAGGUCCUGGUGCACCUCCUCAGUUUGUUCGACCAAAUGGUGGCUCUCCUGUGCCUCCAACGGCUGCUCCUAUGCCUAAUGGUGUGCCCUCUCCUAUGAUCGGUUAUGUCGCUCCACAGCUCAUUCCCCAGUUUGGAAUGCCUUACCCGCCCCAACCGCGUAACGGAUCCUCUGCUGGGGGAAUGCCUGCUGGUUACUUUGUUGCACCCCCUACCGGUGUACCCAUAAUUGCGCCUUAUGGAAUGAAUGGUGUGCCACCUAUGUACGGUGCUUACCCCAUGAAUCCAGGCAUGAUGGGUUAUCGUUACCAGGGAGGAAAUGAUUCGCGUCGCAACAACUACCAACAGCGUUCGCCAAUGGGUUAUGGCAAGAAGGGUAACCACGUCGGUAAGAAUCACUCGGCCUCUCAAACCUCCAUUCCCAAACCGGGCAAUGUGCCAAAGCCGGUGCCUACUCGCGCAAACCACACAAGCAGCAAUGGCAAUUCUGGCAGCAGCAAUAACAACCUCACCCCUUCAUCCACGAGCGCUCCCAAUGCACCCGCUCCUUCAUCUUCUGCUGCCACGGCUGCUGCAACCGACGGUGCAGAACAAACCACUUUGAAAACAAACCCUUAGACGUUUACAGAAUGCUACAGUAUUUCUGUGGCUAACUUGAUGACCGUGUUAAUAUUAUGGAAAUGUAUUUGUGAAUGCGAAAAAGCGUGAACUAGCUAUUCUUGAACUGCUAUUUACACGUUUGUGAAACGUGUCUGUCUUAGUGAGAAGAGAAAGCGAUCCGUCAUGCUGUUCUCGUGUUUUGCUGUCAUACCACGGCUCAUGUAAAGACACCCAUAGUUGAGAAGCCGACCCAGCCAUCGUUCACCUUGGCGAGAACGUAGUAUAUGGUCUUUGUGUUUGUGUCCACUGCCUCAUAAAAGUGAAUUUCAGCUGUGCGAGCAGCUUGCUUGACGGCUUCUACGACGGCCUCAUAGUUGUUCGCGGCAUCAAACUGAUCCCGAGGAAUUUCAACCAAGGCCUUGGGAAGUGUAGUCAGAAAAAUUGGAUGAAAGUCUUCGUCAGAUUCACUUGUGUAAGUGAUUCCCUCCACGGCUUUACUCAAUUUGGUGUGCAGUUCUUUGGAGGGAAAGUUGGCACUUUGCAUCAAUUUCGAAGGCAGCGCUGCUUUAGGCUGUGGAUGCGUAUUUCUUGGCUCGUUUGCAGCCUCUAGGAAUGCUUCGUAGGUUUUGUCGUCCAUUUUAGAAAAACACAAGUUUCGUAAAGACGUAAAUUGUAGUCCCUGUAACCUG